CUGUGUCUUGCGUUGGUUUGUGUUCGUCAGUCAACGCUCAACAUCAGUUUAGUAAGUUUAGUUUGUUUUGUUUACUUCAAAAUGGCUAAUCGUACAGUGAAAGACGCAAAAUCAGUAAAAGGUACUAAUCCGCAGUAUUUAAUAGAAAAAAUAAUCAGAUCAAGAAUUUAUGAUAGCAAAUACUGGAAAGAAGAAUGCUUCGCAUUGUCAGCGGAGCUAGUUGUGGAUAAAGCUAUGGAACUGAGAUACAUCGGAGGCGUAUUUGGAGGUAACAUAAAACCAACACCAUUUCUGUGUUUAACCUUAAAAAUGCUUCAAAUUCAACCAGAAAAGGACAUUAUUGUGGAAUUUCUGAAGAAUGAAGACUUUAAAUAUGUGCGUGCGCUUGGAGCAUUUUAUAUGAGGUUAGUUGGUACUUCAUUGGACUGUUACAAAUAUUUAGAACCUUUGUUUAAUGACAGUAGAAAACUCAGGAGGCAGAACAGACAAGGUCAGUUCGAGUUGGUUCAUAUGGAUGAAUUCAUCGAUGAACUAUUGACAGAGGAAAGGGUGUGUGAUGUUAUACUACCCAGAAUUCAGAAGCGACAUGUCCUUGAGGAAAAUAAUGAAAUAGAAACCAAAAUAUCAGCAUUAGAUGAUGAUCUGGAAGAUGGAAUGGAGACAUCAGGAGAUGAAGAGGAAGUCGAAAUGGAACCACCUAAAGAUACAUAUUCACUAACACUUGAUACACAUAGAUCCAAGAAACGAGAAGAAAACAGAAGAUCUCCAACCCGAAGAGGAAGGUCAGCAGAUAGAGAAAAUGCCAAAGAGAGGGAUAGAAAACACAGAGAGAAGGAACGAGAAAGAGUUAAGAGUGAUAGAGACAGAGGCCAUCGGAUGGAUCGUGAAAGAAGUCGGAGUAGAGAAAAAGAAAGAAGACAUCGGUCAAAGACUCCCCCUGUUCGACCAAGUCACAGAGAUAAAGAAAGAGAAAGAGAACGGGAGAAAAAAUCAAGAAGAGGUGAUCGAGAUCAAGAUAGAGGCUAUGACAGGGAGUUGGACAGAAACUUUGAGAGAGAUCAUGAUAGAGGUUAUGACAGAGAUCACGAUAGAGGGUAUGAUAGAGACUAUGAUAGGGGUUACGACAGAGACUAUGAUAGAAAUCAUGACAGAGACUAUGAAAGGGACAUGAAACGGAAGGAAAGGGAUCGUGAUAGAGAUAGAGUAAGAUAUUAAAAGUGUAUGUACAUAAGUGUAAGAUUGUUUUAUAUAUCAUAUCUUAAAAAUAAAAGUCUUCUGUUUGUGUACAAAUUAAAA